AUGCCCGACCACGAACCAGAGCCAAAGCGCUUCGAGCCCAAAACCCCCGUUCAACUCGAUCCGCCCAAGGACGACCCGAUCUCAAUUGAAGAAUUGUCCAAAUCCGAUGGAACUGAUCCCAACCGCCCAACCUUGGUCGCUAUCAAAGGGACCGUGUUUGACGUGAGCAAGAAUGCUGCAUAUGCGCCUGAGGGACAGUAUCAUGUCUUCGCUGGCAAAGACCCCUCUCGCGCAUUGGCUACUUCAUCGCUGAAAGUCGAGGAUUGCCGACCGGAGUGGCAAGAUCUAGACGAUAAAUCGAAGACGGUUCUGGAUGAGUGGUUUCUUUUCUUUAGCAAGAGGUAUAAUAUUGUUGGAAAGGUUCACUCAUAG